AGAUACAAAAGAGUUGAUCCUACGUCUCUUCUUGCCAUUUACUUUCUCCAUCUCCAAAUACUAUAUCUUAACCAAAAUGGCACCACACGCAGACUCCGAAAAGGCUGGCACCGCACCCAACGAGCCGGGACUUGAUGAGCCCUCUGCAGCAUUGCAGGUGGGGAAGUUCCCCAAACCGCCAAAGUUCGCCGACAAGUAUGAAGAGCGUGAAUAUCUGAAGGGUCGUCUUGCCGCGGCGUUUAGAAUCUUCGGAAAGUUUGGCUUCGAUGAAGGAGUGGCUGGUCACAUCACUCUUCGUGAUCCUGUAGAUCCAGAGACUUUCUGGGUCAAUCCUUUUGGAGUGGCAUUCUCGUUGAUCAACAAGUCAGAUCUGAUUCACGUCAAUGAGGAAGGUGAAAUCAUCGGCGGAGGCGAGACUAGACUGCUUAACACAGCAGCAUUCAUGAUUCACAGUGCCAUCCACAAAGCAAGACCCGAUGUGAUUGCAGCCGCACACAGCCACAGCAUUUACGGAAGAUCUUUCUGUACGCUGGGAAGAAGACUGGAUACGAUCACCCAAGAUGCAUGCUCUUUCCACAACGACCACGUCCUGUACGAGUCGUUCAACGGCAUCGUCCUCGCGGCUGAGGAAGGCCACAAUAUUGCCAAAGCUCUCGGUAACAAGAAGGCGGCUCUUCUGCAAAACCACGGACUCCUAACUGUGGGCAAGACUGUGGAAGAAACAGUCUUCUGGUUUGUGUCUCUGGAGAAAUGCUGCCAGGCACAACUCAUGGCAGAUGCAGCGGCAGGGGGUCGUGGAGGCGAGACCAAGAAGAUCGAUGAAGAGGAUGCCGUGUACACGUUCAAGGCGAUUGGAAGUCCCAUGGCAGGAUAUUUCAGUGCCAAGCCAUUGUUUGACGUGAUUCACAAGGAGACAGGAGGUGACUACCUUCAGUAGGAGCCAGGGGAUUCAUGUAUGUAUCAGGCAUAUAGGACAUGGGGCCAAUGCAUCCAAUUUCCGAAGCUCGAAUUCAGCCGGUAUGCCUUUGAUGGAUUCAGAGAAUCCGACGGCCUUUGUAUCAGCCGAAGCAGUUGCCGGAUGAUUUGCGAGCCGAAGGAGAUGAUUGGAAAUGUCCG